AACUUUUACUUCCUUGUACACACGCGGAUAGAGGAACUGGCCGUUCUGCGGGUGGCCUUUUUGUCCGCGCUCUACAUCCCCUCCUGCUUCAUUUCACAACUUUCACAUGAUGAUUAGAUAGAAAAGCAGCCAGCGGAGCUGUAAGGCAUCGAUUUCACUGCGAAGCUGCAGAUAUGGCUUGUUCGGGGCAGCAGGGCGAGAUGACGGAGUACAGGAAGAUAGUGAUCAAGCGGGACAUGGAGAUGGGCGUGGUCAUGACGGUGUUUCGGCAGAAGGCGGAGCGACUCACUGUGCAGGUCAUCAUGGAAACCCGGCAGGUGGCGUGGACACGAACCGCAGACAAGACUGACGGUGUCUUGGACCUGUCUGAGAUCAGAGAGAUCCGUCCAGGGAGGAACUCCAAGGACUUUGAGCGCUUUAAAGAUGGGAAGGACAAGCACGAUGAGAACACCUGCUUCACCAUCUUCUACGGCUCUCAGUUUGUGCUCAACACCCUCAGUCUGGGAGCUGAUUCUGUGGAUGAGGCGCAGAAAUGGCUGAUUGGCCUCGAAAUGCUGAGGGAGGAGACUCUGGCAUCCCCCACUCCAGUUCUCAUAGAGAGCUGGCUGAGGAAGCAGAUGUAUUCUGUUAAUCAGACCAAGACAAACAGCAUCUCCAUGAAGGAACUGAAGGCGCUGCUUCCUUUGAUCAACUACAAGGCCCUGAGCUCUCGCGCUCUGAAAGAUAAAUUCCAGGAAGUGGGAGCAAAGAAGGAUCGCCUGGACUUUGAGCAGUUUCAUAAAUUUUAUAACCUCAUCAUGUUUGAACAGAAUGAGAUUCUUGAUGAGUUCAAAAAAGAAUCGUGUGCUUUUAUUCUGGGUAACACGGAUAAGCCAGACGCCUCGGCUGUUCUCCUGCACGACUUUCAAAGAUUUCUCAUCUAUCAGCAGCAGGAGGCCUGGGCCAAUGAUCUGAACCAGGUCAGAGAGCUGAUGACCACUUUUAUUGAUGACACCAUGAGAAAAACCAAUGACCCCGAGUUCACUGUCAGUGAGUUCCUCGGCUUCCUGUUUUCCAAGGAGAAUUCCAUCUGGGAUGAGAGGUGCUCGGACAUCAGCACUGUGGACAUGAACAAUCCUUUGUCGCAUUACUGGAUCAGCUCCUCGCACAACACCUACCUGACAGGUGAUCAGAUUCGCAGUGAGUCGUCCACAGAAGCUUAUGUUCGCUCUCUGCGUCUGGGAUGCCGCUGUGUUGAAUUGGACUGCUGGGAGGGCCCCGGGGAGCCAAUCAUUUACCACGGCUGGACCAGGACGACUAAGAUCAAGUUUGAGGACGUCGUCAAAGCGAUAAAUGAGCAUGCUUUUGUCACCUCAGAGUUCCCGGUGAUCCUGUCCAUAGAGGAGCAUUGUCCUUUAGAGCAGCAGCGUCAGAUGGCUCGGCUCUUCAGAGAAGUGUUUGGAGACAAACUGCUGACUGAACCUGUGGAGCACAUGGCUGAGCAGCUGCCUUCACCUUCGCAGCUGAAGGGCAAGAUCAUCCUGAAGCACAAGAAGCUCAGUGUGGAGGGAGGAGGGACCACCAAGGACUUCAGAAAGGGGCAAAAACAAGGAGACCUGGAGAUCUGGGACCCUGUGGACCAGCGGUGGAACAAGCACUACUGUGUGAUCUCUGACGAUAAACUGUACUACGCAGAGGAGUACGAGGAAGAGGACGAAGAUCCCAGGAAGUAUCAGGAGCUUCACUGCUCAGAGCCGUGGUUUCACGGCCGCAUGGAAGGCAGGCUGAUGGCUGAGCGACUGAUCCAGGAUUACUGUGCAGAGACGGGGGGCAGAGAUGGCACCUUCUUGGUCCGACAGAGCGACACCUUCGUCACGGACUUCACCCUCUCCUUCUGGCGCAGUGGGAGGGUCCAGCACUGCCGUAUUCGCUCGGUCUCAGAGGGCGGGCACACGGCCUUCUACCUGACGCCAAACCUGCACUUUCCCAGCGUGUACUCCCUGAUCCAGCAUUACAGAGACAGCCCACUGCGCUGCCAGGACUUCGAGCUGCGCCUCACUGACCCCGUACCAAAGCCCAACUCACAUCUGCAAGAAGGGUGGUUCUACAGUAACCUCAGCAGAGGGCAGGCAGAGGAUUACCUGCUGAGGAUUCCCAGAGAUGGAGCGUUCCUCAUCCGGCAGAGAGAAGGAGAACCAGACUCCUUUGCCAUCACAUUCAGAGGUGAUGGUAAGGUGAAGCACUGCCGCAUCCAGAAGGAGGGCAACAUGUACUUGCUGGGCACCACUACGGAGUUCGAGAGCCUUGUGGAGCUGGUCAACUACUUCAGGAAGAAGCCGCUGUAUCGCAAGAUCAAGCUACGCUACCCGGUCACGCCCGAGCUGGUCGACCGCUUCAGCACAGAGAAGAACUGCGCCUCCCUCUAUGAGGUGAAGACGUACGUGGAGCCCAAUGAGAUCGAGCCCUCGUUGCCUCAGAAUACUGUCAGGGCUUUAUACAGCUACCAGGCCAAGAGGCCGGAUGAGCUCAGCUUCACACAAGGAGCUCUGAUACACAAUGUGUCCCGGGAGACUGAUGGAUGGUACAAAGGAGACUAUGGUGGAAAGUUGCAGUUAUUCUUUCCUGCUAACUACGUAGAGCCCGUGUCCAGCAACACUAAACCUGCCAUGAGAGUACAGGAAAUGGAGGACAACCCACUGGGUGAACUGUGUAAGGGUGUUGUGGACAUCUCCAAGUGCAACAUUCAAAACUUGAAGAAUGGUAAAAACGGGAAGCCCCACGUGCUGACCCUGCAGGACAAGGACGAGGACAGUCUGCAGUUUGACUUGGCUGCAGGUUCUCUAGAAGAGCUGUUUGAAUGGUACCAGGUGGCGUGGGACACUACGCAGAGAGAGCUGAGCAAGGAGUACGACAUGGAGCAGAAGAGGAAACAGCAGGAGGAAGUGGAGAAGAAAGCAGUGGUUGCCAAGGAGAUGUCGGACGUGGUGGUCUACUGUCAGCCGCGCAGCAAAGAGAAGGACCGCUUUGAUAGUUACAGCUACAAGGAGAUCCGCUCCUUCGUGGAGAACAAGAUUCCAGGGAAGAGCCGCACCAAAGACUUCCUGCAGUACAACCGCAAAGCCCUGAGUCGUAUCUACCCAAAAGCCCAGCGCGUGGAGUCCUCAAACUACGACCCUUAUCCACUGUGGGCUGUCGGCUGUCACAUGGUGGCUCUCAACUUCCAAACAGCAGAUAAAUACAUGCAGCUCAAUAGCGCCCUCUUCAGUCUGAACGGACAAACGGGUUACGUGCUGCAGCCAGAGUUCAUGCGCUCUGAUAGCUACGACCCUCAUCAGGAGAAAAUCAAGUACAACAUUGUGGUCAAGGUGAUCGCUGCCAGACACCUGCCUAAGCCUGGCCGCAGCAUCGCCAGUCCAUUUGUGGAGAUGGAGCUGUGUGGACACACGGAGGAGAAGUUCAAGACCAUCGUUUAUCGUGACAAUGGUCUGAACCCGGUGUGGAAGGCCUCAGAGCCCGCGGUCUUCAGCGUGUACGAGCCCGAGCUCACCUUCCUGCGCUUCGUCGUCAACGAGGAGGACAUGUUCUCAGACCCCAACUUCCUGGCUCAGGCCACGUUUCCUGUGAAAGGCCUCCGCUCAGGUUACCGCUCUGUCCCUCUGAAGAACGGCUACAGUGAAAACCUGGAGCUGGCCUCUCUUCUGGUCUACAUCAAUGUGCAGCAGGCGGGGAAAGCAGAGGAGGAGCUGUACUCCUCUUCCAGCCAGCUGAGGAAGAAGCAGGCCGAGCUGAGCGAGCCCUUCCUGUACGACACGCACAGCAACAUCCAGAGAUCUUCGCUCCCCCGCCAGACCAACAACCUCACCAGGGAGAGCAGCGAGAAAAACAAGUCCAGAGAAAAGAAAAUCAACAACAGUAGGUUUUACUCCUGAGGACUCGUUACUCUGACCUGUGUGAGCAGCAGGAUAUGAAUCUACUGAGCUUGGAGAUGGUUUUUCAUUUUUACACCAUAGAUGGAAAUAUUUCAGUACCCCAUGGU